CUGCCUGUCUAACUGUCUGCCUUGCCGCGGCGCGCCCGGCUGCCCGACCCGAACUCCCAGUCAGACGGCUCGACUCGACUCAGACGUACGUAGGAGCGGCGUCAGUGGGGCAAGUCGGGACAGACACCGGCAGACCGGCAGCUCGAGGGACUUGAAGGCGAACGGAGCACCACCAGCAGAGAUGUGGCUGUGCAUCAAGUUGGGGGCCUUGUUCGUGGUGCUGGUGGCGGUGGGCCUGGGCGUGCUCUGGCAGAAGGCGUUCGCCCCCGGACCGCUGCCCACCCUGCACGAUGAGUGGUGGGGCCCGGGCCAGCCCAAGAAGGUGAGCGAGGCCGUGACCCCGUUCAAGAUCAGCAUCCCCGACUCCGUGAUCGCCGACCUCAACAGCCGCCUGGACCGGUGGCAGAACCCCACCAAGCCCUUGGAGAACGCGGCCUUCACGUACGGCAUGAACACGGACUACCUGGCCAAGGUGGUCAAGUUCUGGCGCAAGGACUACAACUGGCGGCAGCGCGAGGCGUACCUCAACUCGCUGCCACAGUUCAAGACCAACGUGGCCGGCCUCAACCUGCACUUCAUCCACGUCAAGCCCAAGAACGUGCCGGCCGGCACCAAGGUGCUGCCGCUGCUCUUCAUGCACGGCUGGCCCGGCUCGGUGCGCGAGCUGUACUCCGCCAUCCCGCUGCUCACCACCCCCAGGAAGGGCUACAACUUCGUGUUCGAGGUGGUGGCGCCCUCGCUGCCCGGCUACGGCUUCUCGGACGCGGCGGUGCGGCCCGGCCUCGGCGCCGUGCAGGUCGGCGUCGUCAUGAGGCAGCUCAUGGAGCGCCUGGGCUUCCAGAAGUUCUACCUCCAGGGCGGCGACUGGGGCUCUGUCGUCGCCACCCACAUGGCCACGCUCUACCCCAACAUCAUUCUUGGAGUGCACAUGAACAUGUGCGCCACCAUGCACCCCUUCACCCAGGUGCUCUACACCCUCGGCGCCAUCCACCCCCUGCUGGUGGUCGACCCGCCGUACCAGGACCGCCUGUACCCUCUUUCCAAGACCUACUCGCAUUUGCUGGAGGAGAGUGGCUACUUCCACAUCCAGGCUACCAAGCCCGACACUGUUGGUGUUGCUCUGCGUGACUCUCCUGUUGGACUGGCGGCUUACAUUCUGGAGAAGUUUGCAGUCUGGACCAACAAGGAAUACAAAUACCUUAACGAUGGUGGCAUUGAACAAAAGUACUCCCUCACCGAUCUCCUAGAUAACAUAAUGAUUUACUGGGUAACAGACUCAAUCACUACCUCCAUGCGGUUGUACUCUGAAUCCUUCACUUCUUCCCAACUGAGCAUGGGCAUGGACAAGAUUCCUGUCAAUGUUCCUGUUGCCUGCAUGGCCACACCUCAUGAGCUGUUCUACAGUCCCAGGGCCGCAUUGCUGCUGAAAUUCCCUCAACUGGUCUCAUUCACCCACCCCGCCAAGGGGGGCCACUUCCUUGCAUUUGAGGAGCCAGCUAUGUUUGCUGAUGAUGUAUGGGAAGGCAUGUCAAAAAUAAUCAAUGGACAAACUAGUUCAUAAUGAGUUUAUUACUUUGAUCUGUUUUGUUAAUAUUGUAAAUAGAAGAAUUUUAUAAAA